AUGGCCGGCCCGCCGGUGCCCAAGGCAGGGGCGGGCCCUGGCUGCACCUACACCCCCCUCAGCCGGCUGAAUAGCUUCGCCGACAUUCGUCUGGCCUACGUGACUCACAUUGAUCGCCGGAAUAAGACCGUCACCUACCAGCCGCUGGCCACGCCCAUGUCCACCGCCUCGCCCGGCUUCCACCCGAACAAGGAUCCCGCCGGGGGAAAUGCCCCGGCCAGCGGCGUCCCCCCGACCCCGGUCUCCUCCUCCGACCACUCGACCAGCUCCAGUGCCACCAGCUCCGAUCGGAGCUCCGUGUCCGGCCAGACAGCGCGCGUUCUCAACCACAACCAGGACCUGGCCCAGGCCCGCCAGCCUGGCGUUGAGCCGGUCACCAUUUCCUACUCGGCGCUCCUGAUGUGCCCCGGGUCGCAGGUGGCCACCUACGGCACCCCUGGCGUGGAUGAGCAUGCUCUGCACUUGCGCACCACCGGCGACGCGGUGCGCGUGCGCCGGCGCCUCACCAGCGCCUUCAAGAAGGCCCGCGAGCUUGUGUCCUCGGUGUGCGGCCUCGUGCCGUCCAGCUCCGACCGGCGCAAGGCCUACGAGCGGGCCGCCGCCAUCCUCAGCUUUGUUGUCGUCGGCGCCGGGCCCACCGGUGUCGAGGUCACCACGGAGAUCCAGGCAUUCAUCCAGCUGUACGCUCGCAAGCACUUUGGCGGCGAGCUGGCCGACAUGGCCCGCGUGAGUCUGGUCGACUCGAACAGCACCAUCCUCAGCAAUGCGCUGCUGGCGCCGCCGCUGCGCUAUCGCGCCAUGCAGCUGCUGCUCGAUCCGGAGCGCAGUCCGAAUGUCCGCCUGCACCUGCGCAGCCGCGUGGUGCGGGCCGUUGGCCCCAACUCCGACGAGCUGGACACCGUGCGCCAGGCCGUGGAGAAUGAGACGCGCCUCGAGCAGAUGGAGCCGGAUCCGGCCCUGGCCGCCGCGGCCGCCAGCUACGCCGCCUAUGUCAAGGCCCGCGAUGAGGCCCUGGCCAAGGAGGGCAAGCUGCCGACCGGCGCCGGAUCUGGCAGCACCCCGGCCGCCGGUGCCGCCAGUCCGCCGGGCCCCGACACCGAGGAGCCGCUCGCCAUGCCGCCCGGCAUGCUGAUGCCGGCCACCAUCGACCCGCUGCCCGACACCCCGCCCCUGGCCGACGAGAUGUCCGAUGGCUCUUCUUCCUCCUCCUCCUCCUCGGAUGAGGAGGAUGCUUCCCACGCCUCGGCCGGGCUCACGGCCACCACCGACUCGGUGGCCAGCAGCACCUCCAGCACCCCGUCGGUGCGCAGCCCUGGCCCGGCGGCCGCGCCGGCCUCACCGCAGCCCGGCAUCGGCGGGCGCCAGUCCUCGGGGACGGGCAGCAACAGCAGCAGCAGCAGCAAUGUCCUCCGGUCGCCGCAGCUGGUGGCCGUCAACCGGCCGCUCGGGGCCCUGCGCACGUCGUCCUUCUCCGGCUCGGCCGGGUCGCUGGGGUCGAUGUCGUCCACGUCGAAGGGCCGGUCGUCAACCGCCGCGGCCGCCGCCGCGGCCGGCAUCAAUGUCGAGGAGUUGUCCGCCAUGGAUGUGGAGAACUUCUGCAACAUGCUGACCAUGGACCCGUCGAGCGUGCGCCAAGCGGUGGCCCUCUACGGGUCGAAGGUGCACCAGAUGUACAUGGACGCCAAGGACCGCGACGCGGCCCGCGAGGAUGGCAUCGUGCGGCUGGAGCUGCGUCAGCUCCAGGGUCCCGGGUCCAACAUCGACCCGCGCAUUGCGCAGGACGCCCAGGCCGGCAGCGCGACCAUCCCGUCGGCCUGCUCCGGCUCGACGCUUGGCCGUGCCAACAGCAAGCGUCGUGGUGCUGGGUCGGCCUCUUCGGCCGGGUCCGUCUCCUCGGGCAGCGGGUAUUCGGUCUACUCCGGGUAUGGCGGCAGUGGCCCGACCGCCGCCGGGCCGGGCGCGGCGCCGGUCAACAGCGAUGCGGCCAGCACCUCCGGGUCUUCCAUUUCCGGUGACAGCACCUCCACCAGCCGGUCCUCCCCCUCGCGGUCGACCUACUCCUCGAUCAGCAGCUCCCUCUCGCACCUCCCCUGCAGCCUGAUGAUCUGGGCCACCGGUAACCAGCCCUCGGCUCUCAUCAACGGCCUGGACUCCUCGUUCAAGCGCCACGACUACACCGGGCGUCUUCUCGUGGACAACUUCAUGCGUGUUGUCAUCGAGGAUGAGAACCCCACCGACAGUGGGCUCGUGCGUGCGGUGUCCAACAACAGCCAGUCCUACAUGGUCGACCCGUCGAUCUAUGUGGCGGGUGAUAGUGCCAUCCACCUGGACCCGUCGAUUCAUCCCUGGCCGAUGACCGCCCAGGUGGCCAACCGCCAGGGGCUCUACCUCGCUCAGGUCUUCUCCUCCUUCGCUCCGGCCAUUCCCUUCGAGUACAUGCACUGGGGAUGCUUCUGCGGGCUCGGCACCCGGCAGGGGCCCUGCCAGGAGGCGCUCGUCGACCUGGUGACCAAGCCCGGCGACCCGGGCACCUUCGGCGCGGUGGCCCGGCUCCGGGGCGUGGGCUCCGAUGGAACCACCGAUGGUGCCAGCGUCCGGGCCAUGUCUGUGGCCACCGGGUCCGGGGAUGAGUAUGUUUCCACGGCCGAGGAGGAGGCCAAGGCCUAUGCCCAGUGGCUGGAGGCCGAGGCUGCUGCCAAUGAUGCCAGCAACCCCGACUACGACCCCGACCGCCUGGGCGAAGGCCUGCUGGCCGGCCGCAAGGGAGCCCAAAUGUGGCGCCAAGCCUACCCCUUCAUGGCGGCCGGCUACAGCAAGCGCCUCGGUUUGAAUGUUGCCACCGGCAUUUAUCGUGCUUCCAUCGGCAAGCCGCACGAUAUGGAGGACUGAGACCACGUAGGGAAGGUGUGGAAGGGCGCCGCGCGAGGUUGACAUACCCCCCCCUCCCGGGGCAGGCGUUUCCCCCCUGCCUCCCUCUCACGCACCCUCCAAUGCUACCAUGCUGUCUUCGGGUUUUUUUUCUGCCCUUUCUCCGGCGGCAAAUGUGCUCCCCCCUUGUCCUUGUUUUCUUCUUUUUUUUUGUGUACCAUUCCUCCCUCCCCCCCCC